GUCUGUUUCAAUCGUGUAGCAUGUUACAGCAAUUUAGCCUGCCUUGGGCGCAUCUCCUGAGUCUGGCGAGAGGCCUAGACCAGCCGCGCUUCUGUAAGCGCGGCACGUUCGACGCGCGAUGCCCAUCGACCCGCUGUGAAGUAAAUAACAUUGCAGAGCUUUCAGACCGAACAAGUGUGUGCCCAACUCGAGCGCGCCUAAGUGUCAACCACAAACUGACGCGCGAGAGGCGCACAAAGCACCGACGCCUCGAAUUCCUGUACGGCACCAGUCGCGGCCACUCGCGCGACCGCGGGUCCGGCCAUGCAUAUAUUUAAGCCCCCGAACACCAUCCGCAUCCAUAUAACUUUAACGUACAGUCACUGCAAUUACUUAAGUCCCUACCGCUUCUUGCUCGCUUAACUCCUGUGUGCAACACCCUUCAAAAUGGCCAUGACUCUGUCGACCAAGGCUUUCGCCCAGCGCGGCGUCUCCGCCCGCAAGAACACCGUUCGUGUGUACGCCGCUUCGACCAAGGUCAACCCCAAGCUGGCCAGCAAGACCGAGGUGGAGCGCUUCAAGCAGGCGACUGGCCUGCCCGCCCCCGCCAUCAACGGCAAGCAGUUCCCCCUCAAGCUUGGCUUCACCAAGACCAACGAGCUGUUUGUGGGUCGCCUGGCCAUGGUGGGCUUCUCCGCCUCGCUGAUCGGCGAGAUCCUGACCGGCAAAGGCGCGCUGGCCCAGUUUGGCUACGAGACCGGCCUGAACGGCAUCGAGGUGGACGGCCUGGUGAUUGGCCUCAUCGCCUUCAACCUCAUCGCCGCCGUGCUGCCCACCAGCCAGACCUUCGUGCCCGAGGAGCAGGACACCAUCUCCGAGCGCCCCGCCGGCCCGCUGCAGGACCCUCGCAUCACGCUGCUGGAGCCCAAGAAGUUCUUUGGCGUCCAGGGCUUCGGCUUCACCAAGGAGAACGAGCUGUUUGUGGGCCGUGCCGCGCAGCUGGGCUUUGCGUUCUCGCUCAUCGGCGAGGCCGUGACCGGCAAGGGCGCCCUGGCUCAGUUCGACAUCGAGACCGGCCUGUCGCUGCGUGACACCGAGUUCGGCCUGGUGGUGUUCAUUCUGUUCCUGCUCUUCGCCGCCAUCAACGAGGGCUCCGGCAAGUUCGUGGACGAGGAGUCCGCCUAAACACCCGCUGGCUUGACAACUGGCGUGUGCGUGUGUGGGAUACUUGUGUUGGGGCUAGAUGGCGGGCGUGCCCCUUGCGGAGCUUGGCGCUGGCUAGCCCUGCAGCGAUGCGUAUGGAGUGCAUCGAUAACCGUGCACGAGUUGGUUCUGUGCAUGAGUGCGUGAGAGAGCUUGUCGAGUCGUGUGUGAGUGGAACGUGUCGCAUGACACGGGAACUACAUUUCAUUUCCCCAGCAGCUUGGAUGGAUGCCAGCUGCGUGGCGGACAUUUUGUUUGCUGUGCUAGCGCAGGGUAGAACAGCUAUGGUUUCGUUAUUGACGUUGCCGCUCAAGGCAGGUGCAUUUAAAGCAUGCAAGUAGUAUGCAAGUAUUGACUUUCAUGUGCGGCUGUGUGACCCUGGAGAGCUCAUUGGCACCCGGGUUAUGCCAUGGAUGACCCUUGAUUGGCUGGGCGUAAGUACAGUACACCCGAGUAUCAGGUUAGGUAAACCGUGUAUUGGAACUCCGUAGGCAGGACGAAAAGGUUCGUAAUGAAAUUGGUGCGAAAAUGAGAUGUGAGCAAAAAGUGAUGAGAGGUCACGCAAGAACACGCCGCGUGCAGAGAGAACGGGAUCUGACGGGAUGCACAAGAGAGCGAAGGAUAGGAAUGGCAAGCGAGCCACGAGCCGCAGCCAACGCAUUGUAAUGCAAUGAGUAG